GCACACUUACAAAUGAAGGUAGUUUAUACAAGACCUCUUGACCAAUCUAAACUAAGGAUACGUAUGAAAGAGACUGGUUGAUAACAUUGAAAUCGCUGAUUCAAAGGAUACAUAUUCGGCUAAGUUUUCAUUGAAAUGGGUGGAUUGAAUGAUUCUGGUGAUUAUAUCUCCCCUUAUAUUAUAAGCGCCAUCCUCCCUUAAAAUGGUUCUUUUCCCGUUACUGCCGUCUAAUUUUAAUAACUACUUGUGUCUUCUCCGUUAACCGGCCCCUUGGUUACGCAUCACACCCAAUCGCAUCCAGGCGGUUACUUCGCAACCUCUCGCCAACGGAGGCUUCCAGCCUUUAUCGUAAAUAAUUUCAAAACAGGCCGUUGCCAUGCCUCUGCAAUUCCGCUAUGUUUUCUUCCCUUUUUACACUUCUCAUCUUCUUUGGUCUUACGGCUCCUCUUUAAUCAAGGUACAUCUUACUUUGUAAUCAGUUUUUGACUUUUUGUGUUUUGAUUCAUUCCAAAAUUCGUAUGCUCUACGAGUGGAACUGCUCAUUAUGUUUUGAAAUACACACAAAACCCUACCACUAAUUGAACGUGUACAGAUUAACGCCUUUUGGUCCGCCCCUAAACAAUUAGUAACACUGAAAGGAAGUUAAUUGUAUCCAAUGUAUUUGUCAAAAUGCCCGAAAGGGGAGUGCUAACUACUACAAUUAACAUAAUGACAACUAAGUGUGUUUCUCUUUUUGUACCUUACUCAAAAAUGCAAAAUAACUAAGACAUAGAUUAUUUGGACCCUGUGUGGCUUCUGGUUUCACCCCUAGGCUUUGUUGUACUGACUAAAUAAAACAGAUUUGUAGAGUUCUAUAAAGAAAGCUUCAAAUAGUUUGAUGAGUGAUUGCUAAAAAUUAGUAAAAGUGUGACUUCUAAUAGUGUGACUUCACUAAGGCAUUCUUUCAAACAGUCUAUGAACACCUACAAAAUUAGUAAUAGUGUGACUUCUUUUGCAAUCUUUGCAAUAUGCUUUUCCAAACUUUACAUGUAAGUUCAAAUAUUGUUUUAAACAACUGAUAGCACAAUCACAUCUUUGUAAAUGUGAACAAAAUAUUAUUUUAAAAAAGGUGGUUAUAAUUGUGAAAGAAAAUGCUAGCUAACACAUUAAGAUGGAACCCAUAAUCAGUACGAAAUGAAGACUGGUACAAACUACUUGCAAAUACGUAGUAACUAACAUUAUCUAAAUUACAAAUAUGAAGCAGAUAUCUGGGUUCCAACUAAGAUUUUUUCCCUUUUUGCAAGUUUCAACAAAUAAAUAAAACUGGAUAUGCUAACAAACAUCAUUGCUAUUGCCCUGUGAUAUUCAAAUCAGUGCAUAAUAGAGGUGAAUGUCCUAGCAAUGGAUUAGAGAAGGAAGUAAAAGUCCAUGCUUUAUUUCCGCCCAAAUUUGAUCUAUUUCAAGGCGUGUUCCUGAUUUGUAAGCGUCAGUUUAAUAACCCUUUACUUUAAUAUUUUGAAAAUGUUUUCUAUAUAAUAAAAGUAAACCAUUUAUAAAAACAAAAGCAUUCUCUUUUGUUUUCUGCGAUUUCAGGAUUCGGCUCAACCAACUUCUUCCAGUUUAGAGGUCUAUUAACAUGAAAAUACAGUAAAUUCAUUGGAAUCAGAAGCAAUACACUUUCAAUUUAACCAGAAGAUAACAUAUAGCAGAUUCAUUGAAGUCGGUAUAAGUUUCAGUUUAAAAAAUUAUUCAAAAGAUAAUAAAAAUAAAUACUUUAUUUGAAUAAUGGAAAGGUAGCGAUCAAAGGAGAAAGAAAGGUUUAGAUCUUUAACACAGAUUCAUGGACUUAUUAAUAUACGAAAUCUGAUUAUCACACAAAUAUAUAUUAAUAAUAUAUACUAGCACAAGUGAAUACUAUUUUACCGAAAUCGCUACUGUAGAUAUAAUAAUUAAACUCCAACAUACAUAAGCAACUUCUACAUUUAAAAACUAGGAAUUAGUUCUUACAUGACCUAGGGAGUUCCUAAUCAUAAAAACAGUUUGGUCUAGGUAACGGGACGUUAUAAUGGCAAUUUCAAGCCUUCAAAAUAAAAUAAAUGGAAUUUCACCUGACUUACUAAAUAAAGGAAGUACACAACAUGAAGUACACAAUAGUGAACAGCCUAUGGAGAAACUGCUGCUUUCAUGUGUAUCAUUAAGUAUUGUACAACAGCACUACAGCAGCAUUUCCUCCCUACUUCUAACCCCGUGUCUAUUCAUUGGCGUUCCAUCAUCUUGCGUUUUUUGGCCUUUCUUCUAUCUUAAUGCGUUCUUCCUCAUCCUCCUGCCUGGCAAUCUUGGCACUGUGCCAUUCCUCCUCUAUGUCUUCAAAAGUAGCCAGCAUAUUACGAUCAUCAUCAUCACCGAGACACCGACAUACUUGUUGGGAUUAUACCCAAACAAGUUCCUAACUGCCAACUUUAGCCAGGAGUAAGUUUUUUUGGCCAGGAGUAUAUCAUCUACAUAAUUGGUGUGUCAACAGGCCACAAAAUACCAUGGCGCAAUUGUCUCUUGCCAUUUUCAUCUCUAUCAACACAAAAGCUAUUUGUAUCACCAUCUUUUAAAUUCAUUGGCUUCUUCUUUUAUACUACUCUGCCCUACUGAAUCGAUUGUUGGGUCUGCUCUAACUCUGAACUUGAUAUAUAGAUCAGAGAGGUUGAAAAAGAAAGAGAUUUGAUUGUCAGGGGAGUUCUUGUUAAGUUGGUUGGGAUGAUUGAUCUUUAAUGCAUUCAUUCAUUCACUUAAAAAGAAUAGAACUAUCUCUGACAUGCGGCAAUGCUCUUCUUUUAAAUGAAUGGUCUGCUCAUACCAUAUUGUUCAUCAUCCUUACCUCUUCCUAUAUAUGUUUAACUCUUAUGAGCAAUCACAAUCACUUUUUAGGUACACCUAUAUAUUCAUUGUUACUGUAAUGUUUCACAUGUGAAAUGCAAUUUCACAUCCAUGGAAAUGUAAAAAUACAAAUCUUGGAUAGCAGUACUUUAACUGUUGUAAAUCUUGUUAAACCAGACUUUAAUUAAAUUCACAUCUUUCUGAUGAAGUUAAAUGUUAAUGAUCAAUUAAGUAUGCUUUUUCUGAAAUCAUACUUUCGGUUUUUACUAUCAUUUAAGUUGAUAAAUUGGUGAAUGUUUUUAAAUAUGCAUAGGCGAAAGUCAUUUGGGUCUAUGGAAAAUUGAACAUUUUGGAUCUUGAAUUGAUUCUUUUUUGCAACAUAUUGGGCAUAACUCGCACGUAGUGCGUACACCGCUAGUUUAAAAUUAUAUAAUCAAUAAAAUAAAGAAAAUAUUAUAUUAAAGAACUAAAAUAAUCAUCUACAGUAAUUUCAGUCAAUACAACAAGAAAAAUAACUUCAACCUUUCUUUUUUUAAUUGUUACAUAAAUCAGUCUACGAAAUCAAAAGUUGUGUGUUUAAUGAAAAAGUUGAUAAAUUUGACAAGUCUAAAACAUAAUAAUAACCAAACGGGCUCAAAAUAUGGUACACAAUAGUUAAAGUCAAAGUAAACAAUUGUCAAAAGUUAACUUAAACUACUAAUUAUACUUGGAAGUGUUAACCGCUUAAUGUGAAAACAGCUAAUUAUGCAGACCAAGAAAUUACCGAACAUGGGGAAAAUGGAAAUUUCCCCGCAAAAUGAAAACAAUGGUCAAUUCCGUCGUUAUAUUGUAGCUGAGGCCAUUGACCAGAACUUGACCGCUAUCAUCGGAGCCGGAGAAGAUGAAUCUGCUACCAAGCGGAGGCGGAGGAGCCCCACUAUCCUCUUCCAACCGAUGCUCCCUCAAAUUCAAUCGCCCAGUAGCUCAUCUUUUCUCUUCCAUUCCCAACCCUGCUUCCAGACCCAAGAUUCGCCCCAAGCCCAUCACGCUUGCUAGUCCCGAACCGGAAGCGUCUCGCCGGACCGCUACCUCCGCUGCUCCCAGUUCAGCUCCAUUUACCGGAGCUGAUGAGGAUACAAUCUCUUUUGUCGCUCAGGAUGAGGUUCCGAUUGAAGGUGUUAUCCAGUACGAGAAACCCGAGUCUUCUGCUUCAUUUCCCAGAUGGGGUAAAGUGGCGUUGCUAGCUGGUGGGGAUGUGGCGGCUUUGCUGUUGUUCUCCGCAAUUGGAAGAUUCAGUCAUGGUUUUGAGGUUUUUGACUCUGAGACAUUGCGAACGGCUGACCCUUUUAUUGCUGGGUGGUUUUUGAGUGCAUACUUUCUUGGGGGAUAUGGAGAGGAUGGACGAGGAAUGAAUGGUCGGUUCAAAGCAUUUAUUGCUGCAGCAAAGUCUUGGUCUUUAGGUAUCCCGUUGGGUGUAGUCAUAAGGGCUUCAACUGUUGGUCACAUACCACCAGUUAACUUUAUAGCAGUCACCAUGGCAAGCACUGCUGUAUUACUUAUUGGAUGGAGAGCACUGUUAUUAAGCAUUAUUUCUGAUGACCAGAGGAAGACCAAUGAUGUAUAUAAGCGUGGUAGUCCAUUUGAGCUUUUUGAGUUACUCAUAUCCCUUGUUAGAAGAUGGUAAAUGAUGAGCUGGGCAGUCGCUGCAGCCAUGACAUUCUUGUCUGAUGUAUUUCUCUGCUGCAAUUUUCAAGUUGUACUCCUUUACAUAUCACCAAGUUCGGGCCAAAAGAAUCUAACAGUAUUCAAGUAAUUCAACCAAAUCUGGGGAGCAUCAACAAUAUUUGGAAGAACAUGUGUCACUGUAAUUGUUUGGCGGAUAUAUACUUUCAAGUUUCAACAGUGGAAAUUAUUUAUUUUGGAAAUAAAGAAUUGAUAAAAAGGGGCAGAAAAACAUUGACAAUGCAUUGUAUUAAAAUUUUAGAUACGUCAAAUACCUGUGGUCUGAGGUCUGGGUAUCAUUUGAUCUCCCAAAGAGGAGGUCAGAGGUUUGAAUCUCAUUCCAAUCAAAGAUGUUGGCAUUAGCGAUACUAUAAUAUGUUUAGAAGAAUAUUACAAAAAAAAUAGAUGAUGUACUAUGUACCUAACCACACGACUCAACUAUUUAAUGAAUACUCUUCUUUUGUUUUGGAGCAGAGCCACUUAAU